UCAUACCGACGAAUUGCCAUAAUACAACAACAGCGAGAACAAAACCCGAAGGUCUCGAAACUAUCGUCGGACAUCAUUAUUUGAUACUACGAAGUAAGUUAGAAAUGAUAGAAAUCGAACAGAGUUUCAUUCAAUAGGUUCAGAGAAAUCAGUGAAUCGAAUGGGUGGUAUUACGCUUCUCUUGCGGCGUGGAGGUAAUUGUCGGUUCCCCAAGUCUAACAUACCUUUUCUAUUUCCAUUCUGUUCCAGCAAUUUAUAGACUAUGAAUCUUACAAUCACACUACUUCUCAGUUUCGUUGCUGCCUUUGCUCUAGCAAACGAGACAGGAAGCUCAUCCGUUGCUGUCGAGCUUACUGAUACUCCAGACGAACGCGACCUCGGUGGCUACCCAGCUUACCCAGCCUACCCAGCCUACGACUACUGUUACGAGAUCUGCAAUGGGAGAGGAGGAAAGGGUUCCAAGGGAGGAAAGGGCUCGAAGGGCUACUACCCAGAGUAUCCUUCCUAUCCUUCGUACCGAAAACUCACUGAAGACGAGGAGCGCUCUCUAGGAGACUACAAGUAUGGAUACGCACCUGAGUACCCUUCAUACCCUUCAUACCCAAGCUAUGGUGGCAAGGGAGGAAAAGGUGCCAAGGGAGGAAAGGGUUACAGGGCUACUACCCAGAGUAUCCUUCCUAUCCUUCGUACCGAAAACUCACUGAAGACGAGGAGCGCUCUCUAGGAGACUACAAGUAUGGAUACGCACC